AUGCCGGAACACUUGUUUGGUCAGGGUCAAGGGGAGGCGCGCAACUUGGUGCAGGUGCAUAUCUUACACCUAACCCGGGAGGUUGGCCAGGGCGUGAUGGGGAUUGGUAUUAAGCUCUGUGAAACACAUGCAUACUGGUAUAGCCCGACUAAUGAUUUUUCUUUUUCCAAUUCAAGGUACUGUGUCGUCUUUGCAGAGAAGCCUGCUUUUGACAAAGUCGCUAAAGCCUGGGUCCCCGAAUUCGACAGUUGCGAUAACAAGGUAUGGUUUAAUAUGGAUGAGGAAGUUAUCGACGACGCAAUCGAGUCCGUCGGAGCACCGCAGCCAGGCAAAACCAUUCGGCUUUCCACGGUCUUUGGUCGUCAAUACCAGCACAUAAAGCAGGUAGUGGUUCCCCCAGAACUGAUGGGCUCAAAGCCACCGAGAAAAGGCCCUCUGGGUAUUACUGCCCAUUGCUACGACUCCUUAGACAAACUCCCGACAUAUGUUGCGGACAUUAAUAACUGGCCUAACACUUUUGGCACACCGCAAUAA